AAAUUGUCAAAGAUCCGUAGGAAAUGCAAGCGCAUCGACCUAAACUGGGCCUGAACCCAAUUUGAAACUCCACCUUGCUUUAUCACUGCCAAAAUCUCUCAAAGCUUCUUAUGCGCUCGCCAACAGAUCUGAUCUAAGUGCAAAUGUGUUCAAUGUAUUUUAUAGCGUCAUUUACAUUCCCGGAAACGAUGAAAAGAUUACUAUAUAUAGUAAAGCUAUCAAGAGUAAAUAAUGCUCCUCGCUUGUCCUUUAUGGUUUACCAAAGAGAAACAGUCUCUUCUAAUCUCGUAGUAAUUGAAACUCGUAAUUCUAAUUUAAUUUACAACCCCAAAAUAAUUAAACACAUCCUUUCCAUCGAUUCAGUCCUGCCGAAGGACGAUCGUUCGUCAAAUCAAAGCCAGAGCUAAAAGAUGCUUUAAAAUACCGGCUCUCGAAUCAGGCUAAAAUCUGAACCCCGUUUGUAGGGUCUUUGAUGUAUUCAAGAUACACCACGACAGUUAAAUUUAUGGGCGCCUCAGUCUUUCACAAAACUGCCAAUAAAAUAAGAUCAAUCAAUACCAGUAGUGUCCUGUUGAAAUAUUCUCAAUGACCUUAGGUCCUUUAGAUAUCAAGUAGACGUGGAAGAAUAGUAAAGGUUCAUAGAUAAAGAUGAUAAAAUUGGUAUAUGGUGGCGGCAACCGUCACUGUGCUGAUCGUAAAACGUCUAUUUCAAAAGCGUCGCUCUAUCCAGCGCCAUUAAGCACAGCAAUAGCAUCGUGAACUCAUGAGCAGAUACACAAUGUCAUUUAUAAGUUCACUGCCAGUUCAAUAAUACAAAUAGAACUCUGGUUAUCGUCUCUCACGAUCAAACUUGAUAACUCGAUUAUCAAUCUCUCUUUGUGAUCCAUGAACUUACUCUGUCUCACUGUCAAUGUCUUUAUAUACUCACAUAGACCUGACUAUGUUGCUAAACUUGAAUCGCACUUAGGAACAAUUGCCUGAAGGCUGACCUUCACUGGAAAUGGCCAUCUGCCAAUUACAUAAUAAAUUAUUAGUCGCAGAGAAAAGAGCUGUCACGACCUUGGCUCUGGCUUCUUCAGAUAAUCUAAAGUUGUAUAAUUCAACGGCAGCCACCAAUAAGAUACACAUGGACCAGUUUCCCGUUUCAAUGAUUCUGCAGGCAGGCAGAUAGACAGAUGUGUAUACAAAGAGGAGUUUCCAGAGGACGAGAGUGUUAAAGAGCUUGCGGAAUUACGUGAUCGAUACGAGGGUAAACUUACAGCCUCCUUGUAUACCGGAAGUCUUCUUGUGGCAGCCAUUGCUACUUUUAUAGCCCUCGUUGCUCUCUGCUAUUUGCACUCUAGCGAUCUGACGUACGUUCUGGUACCGGUCACGACGCUGACGACGAUGCUGCUGUCGUCCUUGAGUCUUCUGGUUGUCACGCAAUUCCCCUCGAUGCUUUCAUCACGACGCACGAGACUAUUAGUUGGCAUGGCAUCUUCCAUAAUUCUGGGACUUGGUAUUCUCGUGCUGGGAGGUGUCAUACCUAUCUUCGUAGGCGUCCUGAGCUUUGUAUCCGCCUUGCCUAGACUUGAGAAUCACAGACCCACCAUCGUGGCAUUUGCACUCGUGCUUCUUCAUCUGGGAAAACUGCUCUAUGAGUUCAUAAGAAACAAUGACCUUCCGUAUAGUCAACUGGUUGGGGAAACCAUACUUUUGUUAGCUGGAUGUGCAGCUGGUCUCUACUUCAGGAAUCUUACGGCCAGGGCACAUCGAAGGACCUUCGCCGGGACCAAAACUGUCAUAGAGUCCAGGGUCAAACUAGAAUGUGAACGGGAACAACAGGAGCAGCUUCUACUUAGUGUUAUUCCAGCAUACAUAGCAGCAGAGGUAAAACGGAACAUCAUGUUAAAAAUGGCUGAUGCUUGUCAAGAGGUGAGCAAACACAAGCAAACCAGAUUUCACGAGAUGUACGUUCAGCGUCACAAUAAUGUCAGUAUACUUUAUGCUGACAUUGUAAACUUCACUCCUCUCUCAGAGCAACUCUCAGCUUCAGACCUCGUGAAGACUCUGAACGAGCUUUUUGGCAGGUUCGAUCAAAUAGCCCAGGAUAACCAGUGCAUGAGGAUAAAGAUCCUGGGCGAUUGUUACUACUGUGUAUCCGGACUUCCGGUUUCUAGACCGAAUCACGCAUAUAACUGUGUUAAUAUGGGUCUUCAGAUGAUCGAGGCCAUAAGAUUCGUACGCGAAGCUACGUGUUUCAAUGUGGAUAUGAGGAUUGGUAUUCACACCGGAAAUGUACUAUGCGGAGUACUCGGUCUACGUAAAUGGCAAUUCGAUGUUUGGAGCGAUGACGUCACCCUAGCCAAUCAUAUGGAGAGCGGAGGACUACCCGGGCGAGUUCACGUAACGAAAGCUACGCUCUUACAGCUGCGGGAUCGAUUUGAGGUAGAACCUGGGGAUGGCGGAUCACGCGAGAGUUAUCUAGCGGAACACAAAGUUGAAACUUAUCUAAUAAUACCACCAAAGAAAAGCAAUGAAGAAAAUAGAGGCUUGGAGAAUGGUGAAGAACAGCGCAAUCAUGGUAAUCAGGCAUCCUCUGGUCCAGCACCAUCCCGCUCCAGACCAAGCAGUAAGAUGACAAAGUACGUGGAGUGCUGGGGUGCGGAUAAGCCUUUUGCAAAUAUCGCCGAGGCCACCCUGGCCAAAAAUAUCGGUCUCACGAGCAUCGCGAUGAUCGAGUCGAAUCUCCUGCCGCACAGUACAAAUUUCUUUGACGUUAAACAAUGGUGUGCGACUAGAGAGGGUAUGUCGCAGCUUACUUAUUGGUUCGAUGAUAAGGACCAGGAACAACGUUACAGGGAGCAACCAGAUCAUCAGUAUCCGCUGUAUGUCCUAGCGGCAAAUGUUCUUUACAUAGCCAUGUUUUGCAUCCAAGUCAUUUAUUUACCAAGAAAUAUAACAGUGUAUGGUUGCUAUACUGCUGGUCUUGUGACUUUACUCAUGUUCACAAUUAUCUCAUGGUACGCUAGUGAGAAAUCUACCAGACCUGGAAGUGGCGGAGGUAUUAGAAGUCGUGGUAGAACCAGCAUUGUUGACAACUGUGCUGGCGAUAAUGUUAGCGUCGUUACUAGUGUUGGGAUUGUCGAAGAUUCGACUCACAUAUUUCUGAGUCGUGGAUUUCGCAUUGCUGUGUACUUAAUAACUGCACUUCUGGCUGCUGCUUCUUCCGUUGUCAGUCUUUUUGACUUCUGGGAACAGGAUCCAGCUAAAUACUAUCAUCUUGCUCCAGCCUAUCUUUUCUGUGCUGCACUAGCACUUCUCAUUGGAUGGAGUCAUCUGAGAGUUGGAUUUUUUUUAAAACUUGGCGUGAUGAUAUCAACUGUCAUUGUAGUCCUUGUAACAUUUUCUAGAGCGCCUUUGAUCGAUCUUUACUAUGUUAAACAUAAAAAUGAGUUUUUUGGUAUAAACUAUCUGGUACAGCUUGGAUAUCUUCUCAUACUAAUUACGUUGCUGCUGCACAUCCUGGAUCGUCAAAUCGAGUAUACUACGAGGACGGAUUUCCUUUGGAAGAGCAAGCUCAGAGUUGAACAGGAUGAGGUCGAGACUAUGAGGGGUAUUAAUAAGAUUCUACUGGAAAAUAUACUUCCAGCUCAUGUGGCUGAUCAUUUUCUGGCCACUAGAACAACACAGGAUUUGUAUCAUGAACGCUAUAGUAGCAUAGCUGUAAUGUUCGCUUCAAUUCCAAAUUAUAAAGAAUUCUAUGACGAAACUGAUAUUAAUAAACAGGGUCUUGAAUGCCUGAGACUUCUUAAUGAGAUUAUCUGCGAUUUUGAUUAUCUCUUGCUCAAACCAAAGUUCUCUGGAAUUGAAAAGAUCAAGACUAUUGGCAGUACUUAUAUGCUGGCUUCUGGUCUCAGUCCGGGUAAAGAAGAUGAAGCUAACGGCAAGAUCAACCCCAAGAAACAGAAAGAUCAUAACGUGAUCGUCCUUGUAGAGUUUGCCAUUGCUCUUAUGACGGUGCUCGAUCAGAUUAACCGAGAAUCUUUCCAAAGGUUCAAAUUAAGGAUGGGUUUGCAUCAUGGACCAGUGAUAGCUGGCGUAGUCGGGGCUCAAAAACCCCAGUACGACAUCUGGGGUAAUACAGUAAACGUAGCAUCACGGAUGGACAGUUGUGGAGUCAUAGGCAAACUUCAAGUCACAGAAGAUACUGCGAAUAUUCUCAAGAAUGCUGGGUACGAGCUUAUCUGUCGCGGACCAACGUAUGUCAAGGGAAAAGGAACUCUCACUACAUAUUUUGUCAAAACUCCCUUUGACGAUAAGCAGGACAAUUACUAAAUUCUGUUCAAACGACCAGCAAGC